GGAUGACUCAACGCGUCUGGCCGCAACCCCAACCCCAACCCCAACCCCAACCCGAUCUCCAUACCUCCGACCUCCGCCCCAACCCCCGCCUCCUCCUUUCCGUCUCUCCGCCCAUGAGGGAACAAAUCCUCUCCCAGCCCCACCUCUCCACCGCCCCCUCCGGCGUCACCGCCCAAGAAUCCGGCGCCGCCGCCCAAGAAUCCGGCGCCGCCGCACCAGAAUCCGGCGCCGCCGCACCAGAAUCCGCCACCACUGCCGAUGCUAAGAUUCCCUUCCGCCCUCGAAAGAUCCGAAAGGUCUCGUCGGAGGGCGACCCCCAACAGGUCUCCUCCUCCGCCUCUACCAAGAAGGCCGCCAACAGCCGCGCCCCCGUCCUCCUUGUCGUCCCCCGGCCUCUCUCUGUCGAGGGAGAGAUCGACAACGCCCUCCACCACCUGCGGGCGGCGGAUCCCCUCCUCGCCCGCGUGAUCGACGCCCACGACCCUCCGACCUUCCGGUGCCUCCAUCCUCCCUUCCACUCCCUCACCCGCAGCAUCCUCUACCAGCAGCUCGCCUUGAAAGCCGCCGCCUCCAUCUACGCCCGCUUCCUCUCCCUCUGCGGUGGCGAGUCCGGCGUGGUCCCCGAGGCCGUCCUCGCCCUCACCCCCCACCAGCUCCGCCAGAUCGGCGUUUCCAGCCGCAAGGCCAGCUACCUCCAUGAUCUCGCCCGCAAGUACCACAACGGCAUCCUCUCGGAUGCCUCCAUCGUCGCCAUGGACGACCGUUCCCUCUUCGCCAUGCUUACCAUGGUCAAGGGCAUCGGCGCCUGGUCCGUCCACAUGUUCAUGAUCUUCUCUCUCCACCGUCCCGAUGUCCUCCCCGUCGGUGACCUCGGCGUCCGCAAGGGCGUCCAGGUCCUCUACGGCCUCGGCGACAUCCCCCGCCCCUCCCAGAUGGAGCAGCUCUGCGAGCGCUGGCGGCCCUAUCGCUCCGUCGGUGCCUGGUACAUGUGGCGCCUCGCAGAGAGCAGGGGCACCCCCACUAUGGCUUCUAUGGGCAGCGGAGCAGGAGUUCCUAUCACAGGAGGAGGAGAAGGAACAGGAGGAGGAGCUCUGCCACAGCAGCAGGCUCAGCUCAUUGACCCUAUCCAGAUGCUCCCGAAUCUAGGGUGAGAGAGCUUCACAUACGCUUAGAUUCUUCGUCGCAGCUGGCUUGUUGAGAUAUGCCCAUGUAUGACUCGCCUUGCCAGUCAUUUGCUAAAUUUUACAACUAUCUGUUUUGUUGUCAGCAAAUCAUAGUGGUUCUCCUAGGCUCCCAGGUGUUAUCAAACAUGUGGAAUUUGGUGCUGGGGUGUUUCUAGAUUCCAUAACCCAUUAUGCCACAUGUUCAUUUUCAGGUGGUUCCUCCAUCAUCUAUGAGCCUGCAGCCUGAGUUGUCAAACUCUAGGGAAAUAUUUUACGGUCUUAAGUUCAUAAAGAACUCUAAAACCAGGAAAAAAAUCUAAAACCAUUAUAUUUGCUGGAUUUCUGACUGAAACUAAUGGGACCAAUUUUUAUUGUAUAUAUGUGCCUAAACUGAUAUUUAGGCCAAAAGGAAAGACUUAUCUUUUGAGGUCAGGCCUUUUGAGUUAAGCUUGCUAUUGGGUGAGAAUUUAGCAUCUAAAAUGCGUUUUUCACAAUGGUCCACUUGCCUUUUGUGAGUUUUGAUUGUAUUUGUAGGCAUGUAUAUGUUGUGAUGUAGGACAAUUACUGAAAAAUAUGUAAUUUGUGGUGUUAUUAUUGAUUCAAACUAUUCAGGAUUUUUUAAAUCUUGCUAAUAUUUUUGAAGGCUUGGUGACAGAUGAGCAGCCGGGGGGCUGCUUAGUGCCUAGGUGGGCACCCAUAAAUGAAGGCAGCCUCAAAAAAGAUAAAUCUAAAAGGAAUAAAUAGAAACAAAAGGGGUGUAUCAUGGAUGAAACUUCCGCCAUUGUGGGGUCUAAGGAGGAUCAGAAGUACGCAGCCUCAUCUUGAUAUGCAAAGAGGCUGUUUCUGUUUCAAACCCAUUACACCAAAGUCACAAUGGAGCAACCUUACGGUUGCACCAAGACCCACCCUCAAAAAAGAAUAAAUAGAAAUGAAUUUCUAAAAUGAUAAUUAUAAUUCAGAAAAUGAAGCAUUGUAUGUCAAAUGCAUUGAUGGGAAGUACCAACUUGACAACAUUCAAUGCUGAUUCAUAUAUCAAUCUCAUUCUCCAUUCUGAAAUAUGAUGCAAGAUAUUAAGGCAGGCCCUUGUGUGGUUGCCGUACAACCCCAACUAGGCAACUCAAGGAGCCAUUUAUUUGAACAGUAGACCUUGCUUACAUCUCGUAAUCAGAAAAACCACCUGAUGGGGUAUAAGCUUCUAUCAGAGAGCAUAUUUAAUUUCAAAAUUCUAUUAAACUCUAAAUUUUUAGCUUGUAAUAUUUUUCUUAUCUUUCUUCUUUGUUUUUGUCUUAUUUGAUCAUUGAAACUAUAUGUAAUACAUCUGAUGAUACUAAACUUAUGAUAUACACUAAGAUCAUGUCGAUAACUAAGUAUUUUUUAAAUCAAUUGCUUCAAACUCUGAAAGUUGAAGUGUAAUUCAUUUGGCUUGGUUAAAACUGAAUUGGAAACACAAUCUUUGGAUUUUGGUAUAGACCCUAUUAUUGUUUCAUGUAGAAUCUCUAGCAUUUCAUCUAAUGGCCUGCACCCUCGAUAUAUAUGAUUGAACACAAUGCUUACAUUUAAGCGAUAGUGUCUUUCCCAUGUAUAUUGAUAAUUGAUGGUUCUGGUUUGCAUCUCACUCUUCGUAGCAUAAAUUAUGAACAGACUAGAAGGGGUGUAUGGAGACAAUCUUAUCAAACAUUUGUGGAAGGGGGCAAUUCUUACAAAAUAAUGGAAAUAAUAUGAAAUGGAGGUUAUUGCUUAUUUGUGAUUUUAUAUGAAUCUGGAUAUUCAUAUUGACACUAAACAGCAAGCUUUUAGCGUCACAAAAUAACUGGAGGGGCUGAUAUACAUAUGGUGGCGAUCGGUGCUGCUUAGUUGACUGCAGCAGAACACAUCAUGGUGUAAGUCAUAAUCUCGGAGCAAGAAUCUGUGGUAUGUUAAAAAAACUUCAUAAAAUACCUAAGUUAUGAAAAAGUUUCCUAAAUGACCAUUUGAGAUAUGAUUAGGGGAAAGUAUAGGAUUGUACCCCUUGCUUCCAAUUAUGCAUCGUGUGGUGAAUGAUGGGAUAUGCAAAUAAAUGUCAUGACACACAGGAAAAAGAAAAGCUUGGUACAUCGUUUGUUAUGACUGGAUGAAUGAAGACACCAUGAAAAUGGUAUGGGUGAGAUUGAUACUCUUGAGACAUAAACUGUGGUUUGCGAAAUUUGUUGUCCUUUAGAUAUGAAAGGUAAUCAGUUGAGUUUGUGUAGGAAUUUUGAUGAGAUGAAUUCUUUGUGCUUUUGUUGGUUGGAUCUUGCAAAAUUUGUUGUCCUUUAGAUAUGAAAGCAAUCAGUUGAGUUUGUGUAGGACUUUGGAUGAGAUGAAUUCUUUGUGCUCUCGUUGGUUGGAUCUUACGGUGCUCUUAUGAUUGAGUAGCUAUCUGAUGUCCAUUGGGGAAACUUAAUGCAGCAAGGUUAUCACCUGUUGUUUUGAUGCUUUGAACUUUUUGACAAGUGAGCACCUUGGCAAAUCUUGAAAAAUCUUAACAAAUCAACAGAUUGAGCAGGUUAGAAAUUUCACCUUAUGUUGGAAUGAGUACUUUUCAAGGGGCGGACUUAAAUUUGAAAUAACUAAUCCCAUAUUGUCACAAUUAUGUCCUUGU